AUGAACGAGGCAAUAGUCAAUGUCCAUUUGGAAGAUGUCCCAAAGACAUCAUCAUUGAUAUCAUGGUCAAAAAAUGGGCUCAUUGCUUAUGUGUCACCAUGCAAACAGUCAAAGCACAACCUUUUGUUGACUUAUCUUGAGAGUGUGAACGGCCAUUCAUGGAGAUUAGCACCACCACAACCAGUUGAAGUCAAACUAGAAAACAAUUUUGUGCCCGAAUUAUCCUUGUUGUGCUGGAGUACCCUUAGCACCGACUUGGCAGUUUCCGACGUGUAUGGUAACUUUUACAUCUUUUUGGCUGGGGUGGGAAUGGUGGAUUCCAAAGAUUCGUUACCAAGUUAUGAAUUGACUUCGUACAACCACAUGGAGAUGAUUUAUCGAGACGUUAUAAAUCAAAAUAUAAAGUCACCCAUCAACCCAGGUGCUUUCAUCAUUGCAUUUAAAUGGCUCAACAUUGAAAAGCCACAGAUAUUAAACAAACCUGCAAGCUUGAUUAAUUUGCAACAAUCAUACGUGUACACAUAUGGAGUCAAUCAGUAUGCACCUCAUGGUGUCCUGCAUCCUAUUCCGACUAAACAAGCUUGUUUGGCUCUACGAAGAAAUGGUACUUUAAUGUUAUACUACCAAGGUGAACACAAGGUAGAGUACCAUAGAGUUUCCACCAACCUUCAUGAUAAGCCAAUGAUGAUCAGCAAUGCAUCGAUUGGGUUUACUAACGACAAGGAAAUUUUGAUCACUACUUAUGAUAACUUGUCAGGUGAAAUUUCGACUUACUUGGCCACCAUUGAUUGGGGCUUUCUCGUCGAAUCGGCAAAGAGACAAAAAACUGAUCCCCACUAUCACACACCCAAAGAAAACCAAAAUCUUCCCACUAUAAGCUUAACCAAAAUCCACGAGAUGAAACCGUUACCAGAGUACAAAGAGGGUAACAUUUACCCAUUGCGUUGUAUCGACAUUGUAUCCGCUUCUGCGGAAAAGGAGUCAAAGGCAAGUAUUUUGAUUAGCUAUGGAGCAGUAAAGAUAUACCGGUAUGAGGUUGUCAAUACUGUUGAGACUAUAUCUGAUGCAUUUUCUGAAUUGGGUACCAAAAUGAAUGCUCUUGUGGAGAGUACACACCCUAAAACAAUUGAGCUAAAGGAUACGAUUUCUAGAAAUGGAUCAAUUCAAUCCAUAAUUAUUGGACCAUCGGACUUGCAUUGUAUGAUUUUAUACGAAAGUGGUUACAUUGAUGUCUUGGACACAAAAACUUGGGAAGUCAUCAACACGUCAAAUAGGCAAUUUCCACCACGCACAAUCACAACUGCAUUUGAAGUUGGAUUUGCAUUUCCUGAAAUAAAACACAAAGACCAAUUGGUUUUGGCAGUUUCACCGAAUAUGACGUCAGUGGUAUACACAGAAGUUUACAAUGAAACUGAUGACUUGACGUUGAAACCAAUUGAAAAAGUACGCAACACAGGCUUUCAACCAAGAGACUUAUUUGCCACAUCUGUUGCGUUGGCAUAUAGACAUGCUUAUGCUUGUUACACAAACACUUUUACUGAUGAUUUGAUUAUAUUGAUUCAAUUCGAAGUGCAAAGACUUCGAUCAUUGUUGUUUAGGCAGAUGCCCGAUAAAAACGACAGUAUCAAAUUAAUGCUUAAAAAGUUUCUCGAGUCGAUAAUAAGUGAAGCACACAAAUCAAUCAAUUUCCAAUUGGAUGCAUUUAGCAAAGAGUCUGUUGAUAAAUUGUUGUCCAAUCCACCAUUGCAAAAGUUACUUUCAUUACAGUUGAUUCUUGGAGAAGCCCAGGGUAACUCUGUUAUGUCUGAUAUUGCAUGGAUUGUUUUGAACUUGAGAAGCACCAAUUUUGGCAUUAUGUUUUCUCUAUCCAGCAUAUACCGCCAAAUUUCGAAAAAGAAACCAAGUGAAGACACCUUGCAGGAUUCAAUCGCUAGAGGCGAAUGUAUUAUAUCAUUGAUUGGGAACAUAAAAUGGCUUAUGGAUCUAAUGGCUUACUUUAACCAAGAGUUGCUACAACUUUCGUAUUUCAGAAAUGAUACCGAAAACAGCAAGCUAAACCUCAGUAACUCGGUGGUAUUACCCAUCAUUUUGAGCAAAGUUCCGAGGUUGUUUUUGAUGUAUGCAAUCUCAUCCAUGGGCAAAACUCAUGAAAUAUUGAAAAAAUUGCACAAGGAUUUAGCGGAGAGUAAUAAACUUUUUACACCCAUGAAGGAAGCUUUAAAUAGGUAUUUUACUAUCUGUUCUGGUGCACCAUUGACUUUGAGCCUAUUUGAACAGUAUCUUCGUGAGUGUGAUGCGUUGAUUGCAAAAGAGCUCACCACAAGACUAGCUUCAAAGGAAAAAGGUUAUUCGUUGAAAAUUGAGCAAAAAUUGGUUUGUCAAGGUGAACUUGCAGAUGAUGUAAAGGAUAUUGCUCGAAUUUUAGUUGAUCGGUAUGCGCACAAUAUUACUCGUGAAAUGAAAGUUUCCGAGUUGUACUUUUACAACACAGAGUGGUUAAACAUUGGCUUCAAUAAGCCCGCUCGAUCGAUUGAAGAUUCGUCAAUCAUCGUGUAUCCACAGGUGUCGAACAAAAAGGUAGUACCAAGGUUGAAGCUCGAUCGUGAUAUCGAUGCAUUGAGGAAGAUCUAUAUCUACGAUGGGAAGAUUCGAAGAUGCACUAGAUGCAGAUCAGUUUCGUUGGUCUCAGACCCAUUAGUAUUUGAAUCCCCUACCGCAAUAGGCUUGUGGACCAUGGUUUUCCAAAGAACUUGCAUUUGUGGUAAUACAUGGGUAAAUAUUUGA